GGAGGAGAAAGGUCAGAUUCACGAGGCAGGUCCAAAUGAACUCGUCAUGGCAGCUGGACGAGGCGAGUUUUAUCGAAACCUUGCGAGUGCUUUGUGGAAGACGGAGACCCCGCUGCCGCAGAGCACGGAGCGGGGAAAGCCUGGCCCUGAAGAAAAAGUAAAAUAUACAGCUAGGGCCUCCCAUAGACGCAGCGCUGCAGCUAAACAUGAGUACUCCAAAAAGCUUCCCAAAGAUAUUCUGAAACACCCACAACCAGAGAGAAACAUACUAGAAAUGCUUCCAUAUGAGAUUUUACUGAAGAUUGUGUCAUAUCUUGAUGCUACCUCCCUGUACUACCUCAGUCGUGUAAACAAACAAUUUUGUCAUCUAGCAAAUGAUGAUCUACUAUGGCAUAAGAUUUACAUGACACGGUUUGGGGUGACCCGGCCAUGGUGGAUGGACUACCCCAAGCCUAGGGUCAUACCAGGUCACAGCUCCACUGGUUUCUGGAAACAGAAGUAUUUCAAAGCUCUUGUAGAACAAGAGCUCAACUACUGGAGACUCGCACGUAAAGACGUUAACCCACACACUGGUCUACCUAAGCAGACUGAGCGGGUGCUGAGAAAUCUAAACGUGACCUGGCAUUUAAGAGUUCAAGAUUAUUAUGGCCAAGAGGUCACGCUGGAGCCAAGCAAAGUCUACUUUUUUGAAACCUCCAUCAUUGUGCGAUGGAGCAAUGAGCGUUUGCCUUUUUUCAACCAAAUCAGCCGCUUGGAGCUUCACGGCCUGAAGAAGGAGACACACCCUGAUAGGAAACCCCAGUGGCACUCUCUAAUGUUGAGGCAGGAUAGAAUGGACCAUCCUAAAAUGAUUGGCAAGGACAGACUAAUCAAAGUUCUGUUCAUAUCACCAGGCUUCAUUGUUGGCAUCUUGAGGGGACAGAAGGUCAUUGUCUUCAUCAUGGUCUGCUUGCACUUUCACAAGUUGGUAGAACGGAGCCUCUUUGGAUCCCCUGUGAGCCCAUAUUUUGAGCCAACAGUGAGGUGGCCUGCGGACAGCUCUGACCCUCAGUUUGGGCUUCAUGGCUACAGUUUGCACUUUGUUCUACACAACACUGGGGCAGAGAUCAUGUCUGAAUACUUUCCUGACAUCUCCUGUCACUCGGUUGCAAAAGGUUCCAUGGUACUUGGUGUGAUCUACAAGAACCACCUUUCUCGACAUCAGUCAUUGUCUGGAAACAUUCGACUUCCCUGGAAAAUUGAUGAGCUAGAGGGGUCCAUAGAGAACUGCUGCAUCAUGACACUGACUCUCCUGGAUGAGUUUCAAAAGCCGUUCUGGUGUGUGAGCGCUCCUAUCACCAUCACCAGGUCCAAAAGACCCCUGUCCUUCAACUACAGCGGGGACCACUUCUUUAUGAACUUUCACCACCCAGAAGGCCAAGUCAAGAUGAAGCUGGUGUGGCUGCACGAGGAGAAGCAGUUCUUUCUCAUCGAUCUGACCCUUUUGGUCACCAUUCAUAAGGUUAACAAAUAUUUUUGCACGAAUUACUAAGCCAAAUGCGUAAAUGUAUUUAAGUUGUGUGAAGGGUUUGGAUGGUGGUCAGUAUACACACAAAGGAUUUUGAAUAUCAGGAUGAGUGCUAUAACUAUAAAAGAACAUAAUUUUAUGCAAUAUUGUUUCAGUGUAUUUGCAUUUGUAGUACUUAGUAAGGAGCUUUGUUUAUUGUUGAUUUAGUUCAUUUGCUUAAGCACUGAUUUCUGACUCGGCUAUGUAUAUACAAUAAAUGCUUGUGUUACUUUUUGUGUAAGACUUUAGUAGUUGUUUAAUAUUGUGGGUUGCUGAUAUACAUGACAUUCUCAAGUGAUCUGAAACACUAAAUCAUCUUAAAUGUUCUGCGUAUUUAUUUAUUUUCAGAUUUGGCUCACAUUUUUCUAAUUUGAAACACUCUAGAGAUUCUGUAUUUAUCCUUCACAAUAACCAAAUGUAAGG